AUGGAAAUUUCAGUGCCAUUGAACUACUCCAGAACUUUAAAUGAGGAGCUGGGAGCAGCAGGGAUUCCCCAGUUGGCUGGGCUUCCACGUGACUUGGGAGAGGUUCAUCAACCGAGGAUGAAAGUGUUUACCGUGGGCUUAGAUGACAAGGAGAAAUCUCAGAAGGCGGAUCUAGAAAAGAAUGAUUCGGUAAAGGCUGCAGCGGAUGUACCUCCUAUGAUGCCAGUUCCGACGCCAAUCAUUGUCCCACGUGCAGCACCGAAGAGAAGAUUCGGAUGUGGAGUGCUUUCCUGGGUUGUGGCAGCGUUCUUCAUCGUGCUCCUAUGCUUGACUAUUUCCGAGAUAACGUACAACAGACAACGAGAUCAAGCAUUCCUCAGACUGAAAUGGGCUGAACUUCGUCAACGUAUGCUCGGAUUUGAACUAUUGUCGCAAGCUCAACAACAGGAUGCACAACCGCAAGUUCAACAACCAGUAAAUGAACUACCAGCUUUUCCAAGGCGAAAUGAUCUGGUCGAUAACAUAGGGACAACGACUAUUGCCCCUACUUCCGUGCCUUCAGAGAAGAACGUUGACAAGACUUCCUUCGAGGCAAACAACGACGAGUUGUCUUCCAAGUUCGACCUUCUUCGUAUGCUGCUAUCAAAGAUGCGUGAAAAUGCCGAAGAAAUGGGAUUGUCUGGUGAUAUGCAGGUUCACGUCAUUGAGGUGAAGCCAAUGCCUAACAAGAUGCCACAGCAGUCCAUCGAUGAUGCUUUCGGUGAAAUCGCGAUGCCAAGACAGGUCUUCGGUCAAAGGCCCCACAGCGAGGAGGAGAAUAACGAAUUUGGAAACCACAUCGAAUCACCGUGGCAGUUCGACCGGGAAAGCUCUCGUCCAACUCCAUGGGUGCACCCAUUUGAGAGGAUGAACCGCUGGGACGGUCCGCAGUGGGGACAGGAGAACAGAUGGCCUCAAGAGAAUCACAUUUUCGAGGCUUUCCAGGAUAUGCCUGAAGAAGAACCGCAAAUGAGGAUCACCCACCAUUACGACAAGGACAGUCAAACUCCUCAGCGAGUUGUGACGGAGCUUUUUGGAAACACCGCUCCUGAGGUUAUUGGACACAUGCUUGGACAGAGAAACGCACAAGCUCAGUUGCAGUUCCAGCAGCAGCAACAAGCGAUGAUGCAACAACAACAACAGGCAAUGAUGCAGCAACAGCAGCAACCACAACCAUGGCCUCAGCCACUGGCUCAGCCUCCAGCUCAGCCAUUUUUCCAGCCAUGGGUUCCUCCUCCACCUCAGAUGUGGGAUCAGCCACAUUGGGAUCAACUGCCUAUUCCUCCUCAAGUUCCACCUAUGGUCUACUUCUUCAACCCUGUACCAAUGCCUCAGCAGCAAUUCCAACAACAGCUACCACCUCCACCGCCAUUCCAGCCCGCCAUCACACACCAGAACCAAUUCCCUCUCCCUGUGCAGAACCAGGCUCCUAUUGUACCUCAGCCACAGCCAUUCCCUGUCGACAAUAACAACAACGCGAACGCUUUCAAUGACAACGCCGUAAUGACGCCCUGGUACAUGAGUGGUGACGAUCAGAGAUGGCAACAAACGUGGGAAAAUAACAACAAGGUUGACACUCCCUUUAAUCCUCAUCCAGCAGCCGCAGCAACUCCCGUAGUAGAGAAUACGGCAGUAAUCGACCAACAGCCAGUGGUUCUCCAACCUGCUCCUGGACAGCCCACAGGACACGACAGUGAAGGCAUUGAUGGCUUUUCGAAGGAGGAAAAAUUCAAUGUGCCGGUAGACAUCGCUUCUGAUGUACCUCCCCAGACAAUGGCGGUUGCACCGGAAAAGCCUCCUCAGGUCGACGUUCCCAUGGUAAACCCCUGGCAGCAUGCUCAGCCAGAGGCAGCUGAAGAGCCUAUGCCGGCAGCAGUACCACAGAUGGCCGAUCCGUCUUUGGGACCAGCUGAUGACAAGGACUUUCUUCCAUUGAGAGUCAGCGAAGAAGUGGCCGGCCAACCACAAAGCGAUGCUGAAACGGUGAGACGAUAG